AUGGCCCAAGAAAUUACGCACCCAACAAUUGUAGACGGCUGGUUCAGAGAAAUUUCUGAUACCAUGUGGCCAGGUCAAGCCAUGACCUUGAAAGUGGAGAAAGUUUUGCAUCAUGAAAAAUCCAAAUAUCAAGAUGUUUUGAUCUUCAAAUCUACCACUUACGGUAACGUUUUAGUUCUAGACAAUGUCAUCCAAGCCACAGAACGUGAUGAAUUUGCCUACCAAGAAAUGAUUGCCCAUCUUGCCUUGAACUCCCAUCCAAGCCCUAAAAAGGUUCUCGUUAUCGGCGGUGGUGACGGUGGCGUCUUGAGAGAAGUUGUCAAGCACGAAUCUGUCGUGGAAGCCUGGUUAUGCGACAUAGACGAGGCCGUUAUCAGGUUAUCAAAGGAAUACCUACCAGAGAUGGCCGCCUCUUAUUCUCACCCAAAGGUCAAGACACACAUUGGCGAUGGUUUCCAAUUUUUAAGAGACUAUCAAAACACUUUCGAUGUAAUCAUUACAGACUCUUCCGAUCCAGAAGGUCCAGCUGAAACUUUAUUCCAAAAGGAAUAUUUUCAAUUGUUGAACAGUGCCUUGACAGAAAGGGGUGUAAUCACAACUCAAGCAGAAAGCAUGUGGAUUCACUUGCCAAUUAUCAAGGAUUUAAAGAAAGCUUGCUCCGAAGUAUUCCCAGUCGCUGAAUAUUCUUUCGUUACCAUUCCAACGUACCCAACAGGUACAAUUGGUUUCAUGGUCUGUUCCAAAGAUAAGAGUUGUAACGUUAAGAAACCGUUGCGUGAAAUUUCUGAUGAAAAAGAAGAGGAAUUGUACAGAUACUACAAUAAGAGAAUUCAUGAAGCUUCCUUUAUUUUACCAACCUGGGCUGCCAAGGAAUUGAAUUGA